AUAUAAAUAGACCAAACAUGUCGUGAUGUGUUGUAGUUGGGAGUUAUCCUAUGUAGCUACAAAAAUUGUAUAAUUUGUAAGAGAAGUUUCAGAGAAAUUACAUGAGAGACGUACGCUACAGAAUAAGAGAAAAACAAUCGGUAGGUCCACUCGUAAAAGCAUAAACAAUAAACAUAGAAAAAGCUUCAUUGUCUAACCUACUUCCCCCCUAGCCCCCCUCCACCGAUUCUUGUACGCACAGAGACUGAUAGAAUCUCAAGUAAUGCAGCAAAAACUGGGCGCCACUUGAACAGACUUCAUGGGUGGCAAGAGUUCAAAGAGUUCAACUAGUGGUCGAUAUGCAUCAUAUGGAUCCAGUUCAAAUUCAGGUUAUCAUAGCUAUACGCAGUCACCAUAUACUCAACCAACCUACAAUUAUCCACCACCACCUUCUUAUCAAUCAUAUGGUGGUCCACCUCCUGAAUCAAGGAAAAGGCUCGACAGGAAAUACUCAAAGAUAGAUGAUGACUACAACAGUUUAGAACAGGUCACUGAUGCCCUUGCACGUGCUGGGUUAGAGUCAUCAAACUUAAUUGUUGGCAUUGAUUUUACCAAGAGCAAUGAGUGGACUGGUGCAAGGUCAUUCCACCGGAAAAGUUUGCAUCACAUUGGGGAUGGCCAAAAUCCAUAUGAACAAGCAAUAUCGAUUAUUGGAAGAACGCUGUCAAAAUUCGAUGAGGACAACCUAAUUCCUUGUUUUGGAUUUGGAGAUGCCUCCACACAUGAUCAAGAAGUCUUCAGCUUCUUCCCCGAUGAGAAAUUUUGUAAUGGAUUCGAGGAAGUACUGGGUAGAUAUAGAGAAUUAGUUCCCCAAUUAAGGCUUGCAGGGCCAACAUCAUUUGCUCCUGUUAUUGAAAUGGCAAUCACUAUUGUUGAGCAGAGUGGUGGUCAGUACCAUGUUUUAUUGAUAAUAGCAGAUGGACAGGUUACAAGAAGUGUAGAUACUGUGAAUGGUCAAUUAAGCCCUCAAGAAAAGAGGACGGUUGAAGCAAUUGUUAAAGCUAGUCAAUACCCCUUGUCAAUUGUUUUAGUUGGGGUUGGAGAUGGGCCAUGGGACAUGAUGAGGGAAUUUGAUGACAACAUCCCUGCUCGAGCCUUUGACAAUUUCCAGUUUGUUAAUUUUACAGAUAUCAUGGCCAAAAAUGUGGGUCGGUCCAGGAAAGAAGCAGAAUUUGCCUUAUCAGCAUUGAUGGAAAUACCUGCUCAGUACAAAGCAACUUUGGAGCUGAACAUCCUGGGUGUUCGUAGAGGGAAUGAAAUUGACAGGAUUCCUCUCCACCCUCCUUGCUAUGGUGCUGCUUCUUUUGGUGCAUCAAAACCUUCACAAAACAGUAGUUACCGUCCAAGUGCACCUUCUUCUAGCGGACACAACUCAGCUGUUGGAAGCGGAUAUAAAUCAGCUGCUGGAUCAAGUCAUCCAGCAAGUUCUGCAGAUAAUCAUCUUUGUCCCAUCUGCAUAACCAAUCCGAAGGACAUGGCAUUUGGUUGCGGACAUCAGACAUGUUGUGAAUGUGGGCAAGAUCUGCAAUUGUGCCCCAUCUGCCGGGACAGCAUUCAAACUAGGAUAAGACUUUACUGAGUCUCACUUCUCUUGAUGGAAGAAUAAAUUGCUGCUAUUCAGAAAUCGUCUGAUUCUUAUAUUAUUGGGAGCUGUUUCAUAAAUUAGUUUUUGCUGAUGGAUAUCAAUGUCAGCAGUAUUAGAUGUCCUUUUAAUUUAGAGAUGAUACAUUUCAGUAUUUUGCUCUGUACAUAGAUUUUUAUUUGAAGGCCACUCAUUGUUCAUUGAGUUUGGUGCUCAAUGUGCAAGUAAAUUUCUGCUUUCCACCUGUGUUCAUUGGGCAAA